GAACACUCUUUCUACACAACUUCAACAAAACACCCACAAACCUUCCGCAACAAUGUCUCGUCAACUCAUCUCUAGCGAGAAGUUCCCCCCCAAGCCUCACAACUGCCCCGCAGUCAAGGUCCCCGGACUCGUCUUCUGCGCCGGACAAACCGCAACUGGGGAGAUCAAGCAGGCCACCCGCAAGGUCCUCCAGAACCUCAAGGAGGUCCUCGAGCUCUCCGGCUCCUCCCUCGAGCAGGUCGUCAAGUACAACGUCUACCUCGCCGACAUGAAGGACUUCGCCGCCAUGAACGAGGUCUACAUCGACUUCCUCCCCCAGCCCAUGCCUUCCCGAUCGUGCCUCCAGGCCGUCGCUCCCGGUGAGGGAACCGUCAUCGAGAUUGAGUGCAUUGCUCAGGUUUAA